UUUCCUAGAAAUUUUAUAUCUUUACAAAAAAAUUGGGUUAAUUACUUUACCAAAUGCAAUUUACCUUCAACCUGUUCGUAUUCUUGUAAUGGAUAUAUCUCCAGCCAUGACAGCAGAUUUUGCGGUUUUUGAUGAAGUAUUGGCAGACUUGAAUAAACUGAGAACCAGCCUAGACAAGGUCACACAGAAACAAAAGACUCGUGACGCCAAAAGUGCGUCAAAUGAUAACCGGGGCCAUACACGAGAAAUAUAUGACGAAAAUGUCCCAACUUUACCCAGUAAGGACAAUUUAGAGAAAGCACGUCUCGAAGAAAAUGCGGAAGAUAAUAUAAUCAAAAGACAAACAAAUGGUUCAACAUCUCAAGCACACUCGAAAAUAUCGGUAGAUAACAUAUUUAAUUCGCAGAAUAAUAACAGAAAACUUUCGAAAAAUGAUGGGCGUUGCUAUGGAUACAACGAACCCGCUUUAAGACAAUCUGGAGCCGGUGGUCAAAAUGACGCAAUGGCAAAAACCCGCAAUGGGUUCGAGGAAGAGAUGAAUAAUAAAGAGUAUUUACUCAAUGAUACCGGAAAUUGUGUUUCGUCUGAUAUCAGUUUGAGAAAACAAUAUACCUCUUUUAAAACAUCGGACGAUGGUGUGCCCGAUACUUGGUCAGGUGGCGCAACUUCCAAAAAAGAAAAACUGACGAAUGGUAUUUCUAAGGAAGCUGAAAGCCAAUGUUCGCUCAUUAUCUCCAAUGCUGCAAAGGAGACGGACGUAACUUUUGAGAAGACUAUAAAUUGUACUGACAAUAAUAAAUUCACUAAUAAACCUAAUCUAUUUAGUAAUUCAAGUGAUUCAACGAAAAAGUGUGAACAAAAAGCUCAAUCAUCAGAAACAACCGAUUCAAAGGAGGGUGAGUGUUUUGAAAACAAUGAAACAAAAGUAAAUAGUCAAGUCCAACAAUUCAGAGUAUCUCAUUCACGAUCUUCAUCUCUCAAACGAGUAAUUAAUUGGAAAUUCGCGCCGUUUAGGAAAAAGAACAGGGGUGCGAAACCUAAACUGAAGUCAGCGCGGAGCUUACCUACAGACGGUGCAGCCGAAGACAAAAGUGGAAAAACAAAAAAGUCCAAUUUUAACAAGUCGAAAUCUACGAGUACAAGUGUACGCAGUAAUAAAGACGACUCGUCAAUUAAAUCGUUUAGGACUAAAUAUAUUAAACAAAAUCAGACGUCAAAUUCUGUGGAAGACGAUACUGAAGUAUUGCGUGGCAGCCCUGUUUGUUUUCGCAGAGCGAAAAGCUUUGAUGGACAUAAUUUGCUUCCAGAUAGACCAUAUUUCAUAGUUCAGAAAGAACUGGAGUCUUCUGAAUCAUAUUUCCAUUCAACCGAACCGCAUUCAUUAUUUUGCUAUAAGAAAAAGAAAAACGGAGAGGAUUUUUACAAAUUCAGCAGUUCUGGUCGAAACUCGACGUCGUCUGAUCAGCAGAGUGUAAAAGAAAAACGAUCGCUUAGUGGUAGCAGCGGUACUGACGAUAGCAGAAUGCUAUUCUCACUUACUAAUAAGUCAUCACCGCAUGAUGGCGCAACCUAUUCUCAAUCAAACUCAAAACAAGGUUCUCCGAAGAUAUCUAAACCUCGACAGUUAUCAACAAGCAGAUCGUUAACAAAUCUUGUGUCUAUGGCCAAAACGUCACGCAUUGUGACGUCGUCAUUUGGGAAAGGUGACGUGUUGCAAGCAUCAAAUACGGGUUACUUUGCGACGAAGCGACUUCAGGAGCUCGAAAGUUUUCGCCGAUCUACAAUAGGUCCCGGGUCAGAGAACGGCUCAUCUCUACGUGGAUCAAAUAAUACACAACGUCACUCUCUUCACGUUAUGAAAGUACAAAGCACGUCACCUCUUACGUCGGAAAAUUCUCAAUCUAAACCAACAAAAUCUGGUGCCGGCACUUCAUUCCAUUCUUUCACGCCUCCACACAAUCUAGACAAAAACUUCAACAUCACAAAAACUGGAAGCAUAAAAUACAGGUUUCAGAAGUCUGGAAAAUCGAACGGAAAAAAUUCAGUUAUGACGUCUGACGAGCUGGAUAAGAUGACGGAACGAACAUGGAAUUCUAAGGGGAAAUGUGUGUGGGUCAACAUGACUGGACAACAGGUUAAAUUGUCCAAUGUGGAUUUGUUGAGCUUAUCAGAGAUAGAACGCAUCGCUCUACAAAAAGUUGCAUCGCAGACUUUACACAACAUGGAUUUGGGAGUUUCGAUUACUACACCUAAAGAUGAAUCAAGACUAAUGAAUGGGAAGAAUUCACUACUUCACCUUCAUUUCACGACAAAGGCAUCAAGGACAAAAGCGAAAAAACACGAUCAUGUCUUCGCUAUCCCCCUUGUACGGGUCGUUGAAAACGAUCAGUUACUUCGACUCCAGACCAUCGAACAAGAUAGUACUUCCACCUCGUAUUCAAAUGCGAAUGACGGCACACAAGACGCGAGCGACAGCGAUUCACUGAACCCGUCGAGUUCCGGAACUUCCCCCAAAGCGGGAAGACGAAUUCCAGUAUCACCCAGCGAUCAGGGGGCGAUUCUCAAAGAUUGCGCAACUUCCGGUAGCCCUGGUAGUGAUGACGUAGACAGUGCAUUCACUCCGUCUCCCACAACUUCAUCGCCAAGAAACGCGACAAAUACAAAUGUUCCCGUUAGUAGAACUAUGAGGCGCAGGCACGCCAUCAAUACCGGUAUUGACGAAGACGAAUCACAGUUAUUGAAAUCGUUAUCGGAAACAAGCACAAAAGAUAAAAAACGAUCCGAUUUAAUUCCGUCGACCAUGCCACAAGUUCCUUACGUUGUACAAAAGUGCUGCGCACACAUUAUAAAACACGGUCUCGACGUCACUGGAAUAUUUCGAGUUCCCGGUUCCAAGAAACGAGUGAAACAGUUACGAGAAGAAUUCGACCGAGGGGUGGACGUGAAAGUGGAAGAUGAUUAUCUUGCUCAUGAUGUUGCUGCGUUGUUAAAAGAAUUUUUUCGAGAUCUUCCUGAAGCUUUAUUAACUCGUGAAUUGUACCAAGCAUUCAUUUCGACCACGAAGCUCAACAAAGCUGAUCGUUUAUCAGCUCUUCGCUGCCUCGUGUGGUUGUUGCCGAUGCCAAACCGAGAUACUUUCCAACAAUUACUCAGCUUUCUGGCAACGGUGGCAGAAUAUUCAGAUGACAGAACUGACGCGAACGGAAACACGAUUUGUGGAAACAAAAUGGGAAUACCGAACUUGUCUAUGAUAUUCGGGCCGAAUAUUUUACACAGAAAUAAGAAAACAAGUUCAUCAAGUAACGACGCACAAUAUCAGGUACAAAGCUUAGAACGAGCUGAAGAGAGUACACUGGUCAUUACCGUCGUUGAAGAUAUGAUUAGGAAUCACAAAGAUUUGUUCAUGGUGCCCAAAGAAACACAUGGCGAGAUAUUGCACACAUUACAGGAGACUGAUCCACAUGCUUUAGAUGUUCUUUUGCGAAGAAAAGCUGUCAACUAUUCAAGAAUCGAAACUCCGCAAAGUUCUAGCGAGCAUACAUCUGACGGGGGAAGUUCAGAUGAUGAAUUUACCAUUGCAUCGCCGCCAGCUGUAAACAGCAACAAUAAUAACAACAACAACAAAGGGGAAUUUCUGACGUUUGAGCGAUACAAUCAAAGAUCGGAAGCAAAUACACCAGACAGUCGGAAAAGCGAUAUUUUAGAAACUGACUCUGAAAGUACUCCUGUAUCUGCAUCAGAACAUAAGAAUUAUGAAGCAGAUGUGGAUGCGACUCUAGAAGACGAAAUCACUUUCAGUCACCAAACGAGAUCAAUAUCUUUCACCGAAGAUGAAAUACAGGAUAUUUUACUCGGUGACGUUAAAACAAGAAAAAAUUUGGCGGAAGAACCGGAUACUGUAAAUGAGACUUGUAACAUAAUACUUGAGAAUAUAUCGGAAAAUAUCAGAACUAGUUUGACAGUCACAGAAACGGUCAAGGCACCUACUCCUCUGCCACGUAAAAAGCGACCUCAGCAGAUUGCCAACAGUAAGCAAAAUGGCACUCCAGAAUUUGAUAAUCAGAAAUUGGUUUUACCCAUCAAAAUCGAGCAGGAGAAAAAUCAACAGGGACACUUACCUGACACGACGCCAAAACCACAGGAACGACGGGCGCGUAGUGCAACAGAACAAGAGCGCCGUUCUUCAAACUCCCAAACACACGAUACAAGCCAUGAAAAACAUUCCAAAAACGUCACUCAAUCGUUGGAUCCGCGACCCAAAUUUGAGUGGCGCCUUCCAAAUCCUACAGCAGAGCAAUUGCAGCAAUCUAGGCGUAAAGGAUUUUGCGUACAACUGGCGCCGUCGUCCCCGCGGCAGAAUAGUUCCAACAUUCCCGCCAAAAUUAAAUCCACUCAUGCAGAACGGAGGAGCCAUAUUAUAGAUGAGGAUAGCACAUCUGGAAUCGCCGACUGUGAUAUCUCCGUCAGCGAAUCAAAAAGUGUUGAAGAUUUGAUAAAAGAAAGCAGACUCAUAUUAGACAGAAUACCAAGCCACAAAAUGCACCACUGGGAAAUACAGCCAAAUAACGUCCAGAAAUACGAUAGAGACCACGCCACCGUAGAAACGCCAGUAAAAAAGCGUCCAAGUGCUUUGAACCUUCGAAUGAACAGGACAUACGGUACCGAAAGCUCAAAAGUGUUACACGCUGUCAGGAUUCCGAAAAGGGGUUCGGUCGAGAGAGGCCCAGCGAUUGGUAGUGAAUUUCACCACGAUGCUAGAGGGCGGCGAUUUAGUAAGGACGACAUGUUUUUCACAUUACAGGGGCAAAAACAAAGGCAUGGGAAGCACUUAUACAUUAACAUUUAAUUAUUUGAACGGUUUUCUGUCCCACAAAAACACGAUCCAUAUAUGAGCAAGAAGUACAUUGUGACGUCACGAUUACGUCAUCAUUUGUUUUAUUAAUAUUUUAUUAAUUAUUUCCCUAAUAUUGUUUGCUACUUUUUUGUUCCUCCAUUUUAUCUUUUAUGGCUCUUUCAAUGAACAUGACCAAUAAAAUACCGUUUUGUUGUAUGAA